AUGGGGACCCGAUUCUUGACGUUAUGUGUGUUCACUGUGGUCCAAUUGGUUCAUCUGUUCUUUUUGUCGAUAAUGGGGCAGUUCGUGGUCAAUUCCAACGAAGAAAUCUUUCAAAGAAUUAAUGAAUCCCAAUGGUACAAUGGUCCGUUGAAAGUACAAUCAUUAUAUGUACUGGUGUUACGAAAAUGUUUGAACCCGCCCAUGAUAACAGGUGGGGGAUUGAUACCUUUGAAUUUGGACAGUUUCGUACAGGUUAGUUUACCAUUUUUGCAGAACAUCUAAUGAAUUUUUUUCAGAACUAAUAAUUUAUUUCAGAUUUUUAAUAAUUCCAUUUACUGA